AGCCAAGGUUGUGGAGGAUACAGCGGAGAAGUGAUCCAACAUAGUAGAAUGUUGUCGCUUUUUCUUGCUGCUUCUCCAUCUAGCGGAUGAAUUAGAAGCAACCGUUGCUGGGGGCACAUUCAGUGCAAAUAAGUGCUGCUUUGAGAAAGAAAGCCACCUUUCCUAUCAAUUUUGUUUCUUCACCGUAUCUUGCUUAGGUAUCGGCACCUGACUAGAAGUUUGUUUGGACUACUCCCUUUUUUUUUUUUUUUUUUUGGGUCAAACUACUCCCUUGUUAACUUGGUAUAUAAUAUUAGAAUGAUUAACCCUGCCAGUGACAUUACACUGAUAGAUAAAGAUGAGAUAAGUAAAUAUCUGUAAGAAUAGGUUAUGGACUUUUUUCCAGAUGUUAUUCAGUAUAGAUCCAAAACUAAACCAUCAGAACAUCAUGGUUUUUACAGUUAGAAGUUCAGCUAGCUGUGAUUUUUACCAACCAGCAUUGGAGGAUAUUGUUUGCUGGUUGAGUCAGGAGAUGGAAAAUGCAGUGGCAUGUCAAUCUCGUGCUUCAGGUGUUAGAUCUGUCUUUGAAUCGAUGACAGCCCAUGCUACAGAGAUUUCAACUUCUGGUCGUGUUUCUUGCAUGACUUUUGUUGAAAUAUCACUUCUGAAGGUUAACAGGAAAUUGAUGAUGAUGAUAUUGAUGGAAACAUUGCUUACCUCUCCAGAAGCAAUAUUGAAUUUCCUCAGUUGACAGGCCUAGAAGAAACAAUUUCUUG